CUUCUCUUUCAUACACCAACACCACACCACAAACUAAACUACAGCACAUUCACAAUGGGUCUCCUCGACAGCUUCUCUGGUAACGACAACAACUCUUCCUCCAACAACCAGUCUGGAGGCGGCGGUUACGGCCAGUCCGGCCACAACUCCAACUCCUCUUCCAACCAGCACGGAGGCAACAACUCUUCCUCUAACCAGCACGGUUCCAGCGGUGGCUUCGGCUCCUCCGGUAACUCUGGCAGCGACAGCUACGGCUCCUCCAACAAGGGCGGUAACGACAGCUACGGUUCUUCCAACAACUCCAGCAGCGGUGGUGGCUACGGAGGUUCCAACGACAACAACAGCUCCUCGUACGGCUCUUCCGGUAACCAAUCUCACGGUUCUUCCGGCGGCCGAGGCGGAUCCGACUCUUACGGUUCUUCCAACCAGUCGUCUGGCUUCGGUGGAAGCAACAACUCUUCGUCCCACUCUUCCGGUGGCCAGGGCGGCUACGGUGGAUCUUCCGGAAACGACUCCUACUCUAGCGGUGGACAGUCUGGCGGCUACGGUGGUAACCAGUCUUCCGGUGGUGGCUUCGGAGGUAACUCCAACUCUUCCUCUGGUGGUGGCGGCUUCGGUGGACAGUCUGGCGGUGGACAGGGCGGCUACGGCGGUGGCAACUCUGGCGGUGGCCAGGGCGGUUUCGGCGGUGGUAACUCUGGCUACUAGAGUUGGGGGAUGUUAUCUUUUCGCUUGAUCCGUAACUGAAAUAGUCGAGAAAGAAGGGAAGAAAUGGAAAGAAGGAAUACCAAUGAAUGAAUUACGUCUAAAUCCAUC